AUCUCUGAACUGUCUCUUUCAUCUAGGGACUCACUUAACCGCUUCCUUGAGGGAUAUGUCACAGGGUUCUACCUCAAUCUACCUUUCACUCACAUCCUUGCCUUCAAACUUGAAACAUGCUCUCCCGAAUUAUGCCUUGUUAUGCUAGCAAUUGGCGCAGCUUGUCGCUACGAGGUUCGUUUGUCGACCAAAUGGUUCUUUCUUAUGAAACUGCUGCUGCUGGAGCGUCAGCGCCAGAGGGAGCAGGCAGCUUUUGCACGACUUCCAGGCUUAAGUCAACUAUUUGAGAGCAAUGACUAUCACAUCGAUGAAGUCCGAUGUUUGCUAUGCUUGGGUACAUUCGCAACCUGGAGCGAGGAUACUGAAGUUAGGGAAGAAUCGCUGAGAUUGCGUGGAGCGCUUGUUCAUUCCUUGCGCUUAAGUGGUCUGGAAGAAGUCGAGCCACACUCAAUAAAUGAUUGGGGAGCCUGGGCAGAGCAAGAGUCCGCAAGAAGAACCAAGCUACUCGCGUUCUGCUUCCUCAACAUUCAGAGCAUCGUAUACGGCCUGCCACCCAUUAUUUGGGGGCACGAAUUCAGGCUACAGAUGCCGUGCUCUUGUCCUCAGUGGACAGCACCAGAUGCAACCACUUGGUUAUUACUGCGGCAAGGUGCUGGAACUGACCGUAGUACUUCUCGUGACGCAUUGCAAAGCUUGCUGUCGACGUCUCCAGAUGCUUACCUUCGGGGCUGCGCCCCCACCCCUGUAUCCAACUACGUCUUGCUGCACGGCCUCGUACAGAUGAUCAUAUGGGUACGAAUGGUCCCUGCGAGCCUGGGCAUGACUCCUUCGCCGGACUACCAGGUUCUCUUCCAGUAA